GAUAGGAGUAGGAGAGCCCUACAUUUUAAAGAAUUUGUUCUAACAGAAAUUAUUAAGAAUCAUCUGGAUUUUCGCAUCCUAUUAAAAUAAGCAUUAGGGCACAUUUUUAAUACUAUAAAAUCAAGUACAAUUAUUUACGCGACGGAUAGGUGUUUUCUACUGUUUACAAAUAAAUGCGAAAAGCUUUGCGCCGAAAGAAACGAUAGUCGAAACUACAGAUAGCCUACACUCUACAGGGUUGUCGUUUCAGCAUUUGCUUGCGACCUAGUGUAAGUACUUUUAGUCUCCGGGAGAGUUGCUAACUUAAGAAUUAACUUGAGCAUUGUGGUGUAAAUACAAAUAAAGAAAUAUGUCAAGCAUUAAGCCGAUUAAGGUGGGAAUCAUCGGUGGCUCUGGCUUGGACAACCCAGACAUCCUUGAUGAUAGAAAAGAGAAGACCGUCACCACACCAUUUGGAGAUCCGUCGGACAGUCUGAUCAUAGGUACAAUCAAUGGAGUCAAUUGUGUCCUCCUGCCAAGACAUGGUAGAAAUCACAGCUACACCCCAUCACUCAUCAACUUCCGUGCCAACAUAUGGGCCCUAAAACAAGAAGGUUGCACCCACGUCGUGGCCACAACAGCUUGUGGAUCCCUGCAAGAAAACAUUCAUCCAGGGGAAAUUGUUUUGAUUGAUGAUUUUCUGGACAGGACAACAAAGAGAGUCCAGACCUUUUAUGACGGAACAUCCCCAGAUCACACUGGUGUUUGCCAUGUUCCUAUGAGUGAACCUUUCUGUCCAAGAUUAAGAUCUAUUUUAGCUAGUAGCAUCAAAGCAUUGAGCUAUCCUUUCCAUGAGAGGGGAACAAUGAUAACUAUUGAAGGUCCAAGGUUCUCAACUCGUGCAGAGAGCAGGGUAUGGAGACAGUGGAGAGGGGAUGUCAUUAACAUGAGCACUGUACCAGAGGUUGUGUUAGCUAAGGAGGCUGGUUUAUUGUAUGCAUCCUUGGCAUUGGUAACAGAUUAUGACAGCUGGAGAGAUGACCACGAAGCUGUUCAUGUUGAAAUGGCUGUGAAAACAUUUAAAGAAAAUUCAUCUAAAGCUGUGAAAGUCUUACAAAAUGCCAUCCCUAAAAUUGCUGAAGAAAACUGGGAUGAAACUAUUCAGAAGAGUUUGGACAUUGCUAGGAUGUCUAUCAUGUAAAUUACCUCAACCGAGUGGAACAUGACUUUAAAGAGAUAUAUACAGAUAAACUGUUGCAUGCUGAUUGUAAGCAGGAAGUUGUGUAUGGGUAUUAACCAUUCUGAGUGAUAAACAUUAAGAAGACAUUACCUCUGUUCAAUGUAACUAAAACACAAGACUAGUCUCUUUCAUCUUGUGUCUUUCAUUAUCAUUAGCUUUCAUAUAGUGCAUUCAUUCAUUAUUUAAUCACUGUUUGCUGUGAAGUAAUGGGAUUUAGCUAACUAAUCAAUUUUCAAAAAUGGUUUGUAUUUUAGUUCUGUAUCAGCUUACUUUAGCUCACCUUCUUCAUACAUGU